UGAUUGUGACGAUCAUGUAGUAACCAAACCAAAACCGUUACCAUUUUCAACCUCCAUUAUUACUUCCACAAAAUCCACCUUCUCCAUAUAAAAAGGCGCAGUACCUGCACAAAUCUACAUCAUUUUCUCUCUCCUCUCUCUCUCUUGUAGACCUUCUUCAAUCGCAACUUUUUCAUCAAUUCAUCAUAAUUUUUUCUCCAUUUUUAGGGUUCUUUUUUUGUUUUUCUGCCCACCCGCUAUAAUGAAAUCAAGCACAUCGACUUUGAAUCCGUAUGCGGCAUCAUAUGUGCCACUCUUUAAAAGAGAGGUAAAUGAGGAUAAAACCUCAAAGACCCUUUCUGGGCAAUCUGCUGUUUCUGAUGCCCAGCCUAAUGUGGAUGGCUACAAGCUGAAGGGCCAACAAGCUGAUGCUGCUGAUGGUGUAUCGUCUGAAAAUUCUCAGGAAGAUAGUAAAUUUAUGGAUGAAGAGUCUGAAAUGGACCUAGCUUAUCUCCAGAUGAUAUUUCCUGGUGUUUCUGAUCAGUCUCUUGCCGAUGUCUAUCAUGUCAAUAGAGGUGACUUGGACUCUGCAGUUGAGAUGCUGACUCACUUGGAGUCUGCUGAUAACCUUCCAGAUGUUUUGGACAUUGAACAACCUGAGAAGCCUGUGUCACCGGGUCAGUGCUCAUCUGUGAAGGCUGCAAAUGUAACAGGUGAAUCUAGCAGUUCAUCUUUUCCAAGUGAAUCAGCUGUUGCUACCUGACUUCUCUCUCAAGAAAUUAAUUUUCAACAGCUCUACUUAGUUUUACAUAUUCAUAUCUGUGAAUAGAAGAGUUGAUAAGUGUGAUAGUUUUGAUACCGGGAGAACACUGCACUGGCGCCCCUUAUGCUUUUUAGUUGUAUAGUUUUUUUUGCUACUUACUCCAAACAAGAAUUUCUUUGUUCUUUAGGAGAGUCAUCGCUCGUUGAUCGUAUUGGUCAAUCGACUGUUUGUCUGAAACGAAAUGCAGCAAACUAGGUUAAUAUUUGCUUGCUUUUUGAUGGGGAUCAUUUUUUUUUUUUUGGUGUGGGCUCAGCAGUGCCACAUUAGUUGCAAAGGUUACAUUUUAGUAUUUUACCAAGUGUUUGAAAUUAGGAUAAAUUUGUGAUGCUCAUAUUGAGUUACAUAAUGUAGCAAGUGUUCUUGGUCUGUUGAUUGGAAAAUGUGUGGAAAAUUGGAUUUUGCAAAGUAUUA